AUGCCCGACUAUUCGAUCACCACUGAUUCCAUGCCCACUCAGAGGGUCCCAAUCGUUCUGGAUCGGCCAGACGAUUGGUGGGCAUGGACUGGAUACAUCCAAACGCUCGCUGAGCAGAAACGGGUCUGGAAAUACGUUGAUCCAGAUGAUCAAACGAUCGCCGUUGAGAAGCCGGUAGAACCAAUCAUGCCGCAGCCAGCGAAGCCAAUCGACAAGAUGACCUCAGACGAACGAUCUGCCUGGCAGGAGAUCUCCAGGCACUACGAUCGUGAGGAGAGGAAGUAUGACAAAGAUGCAAACGGCCUAAGCGUAGUAUGGCAAGCGAUCCAAUCAACGGUCAGCCAUAAUCACUGGCAUAUCAUCAAGAAGCGAGAGACGGUGAGGCAAACGCUCAUCAAGCUGCGAGAUAAGAUGAAACCAGAUAAGAUGACG